CCAGCACAGCAACAACUUGCUCUUCUUCGUCUUCUUCAUGUGCUUAUUUCUCCAUGAAACUUUUUCUUCUUUUGUUUUUUUCAAUCGAAAUUCUCCAAAAGAAUUUGACAUUAUUCCAAAAGACAAUCACAAAACAAAACACAAAUCAUUGUUAUAAACCACUCUGAAUUGUAAAGAACAAAGGAUUCUAUCCAUCGUUUUCAUUUCAAUUUUCAUCUGGUAGCGGCUUUAUUCAGUUCCAUCUUCUUCUGAUUCGACUCCAUUAUUCUACCACCGCCAAGCUCUUCCAACUUUCAUCCCACCCUUUCCCUCUUCUGUCUCACUCAAUUCCCCCCUUUCCGGCGAACAGAAUGAUUCCAGAUACUCUUACUCCGGCCGAUACCUCCGACGGUAUCCGCGAUCAGCUUCGAGAGCAUCUCCUGGUGGUGAACGAGGAAAUUGAAAACGGAGGAGUGGACGGCCAUGUGAAGAUUCGGAUACGUAAUUUGACGAAUUCGAUUCUUAGAGGAAUCAGUGUGGAUAUACCUAAGGGGAAGAUCGUCGGAAUUAUAGGUCCGAGCGGCGGUGGCAAAUCCACGACGCUUAGGGCUCUUAAUCGGCUGUGGGAGCCGCCAGCGGACACUGUGUUUUUGGACGGCCACGAUAUCGUCAAUCUCGACGUUCUUAGUCUUCGCAGGAAAGUCGGGAUGCUCUUCCAAAUUCCUGUUCUCUUUGAAGGUACUGUUGCUGAUAAUAUAAGAUAUGGACCACAGUUAAUGGGAAAGAUGCUGAGUGAUGAUGAAGUUCAUAAGUUACUCAGUUUAGCAGAUCUCGACUCGUCGUUCUUUAGCAAGAUUGGUUCUGAACUAUCCGUCGGGCAAGCUCAACGAGUCGCACUUGCUCGAACCUUAGCAAAUGCACCUGAGGUGUUGUUGCUAGAUGAACCAACAAGCGCAUUGGAUCCUAUCUCGACUGAGAACAUCGAGGACGUGUUGAUGAAGCUGAAGACAAAAUGGGGAUUAACAAUCGUAAUGGUUUCACAUAGCAUCAAACAAAUCCAAAGAAUUGCAGACAUAGUCUGCCUGCUCGUAAAUGGCGAGAUUGUUGAAAUCCUACCGCCGAACAAACUCUCGGAAGCCAAGCACCCGAUGGCCCUCAAGUUUCUUGAACUCAGCUCUUGAAAACAACCCUGCAUUGUUCUUGUCGUGUCCUACUGUGUUUGUAGACUCUUAGAAGUCGAAAAAUAAACGGUUUUUCCAUUAGCGCAAGCAUGUACAUUCUCAUAACUGUUAGAUGCACGAUAUUGGUUCGCUCCGAGCCGAUCCAAUCCUCAAUUGGGAAGUCGAGAUUUAUCAUCGGGAAAAAGAAAAGUGGGGAGGAGGAGUGUUAUAGUGAAAAUUGUUUGGCUUUGGCAAACUGAACCAACAGGGGCGGGGACCGAUCCAAUGGUCUGCUCUGUUGCACGCAGGACCCCAACAUCAGUCACGUGCUAGGUUACCUCCUGGACCCACAUUCCCUUCUGCCACGUCACUAUCCUCCCUUCUACAGUAUUUUAUUAUUUUUAUUUUUAAAUUAAAAAAGAAAAUUAUAAUGUUAUAAAGUAAACAGCUUUUGUGUUU